AUGGAAUCCGAGCGAAGCAUCAUAAUUGUAGCUACUAACGAUCUUCGCCUCCACCCAGCGUCCUUUGCACUCCAGCGGAAAUGUGCAGCAGUAGUCGCCGAUCUUUACGUUGGUGUAAAAAAUAAAGAUCAGAUCGAAAACGUUGCACAAAACCCGGAUGAAAAGCUUUGGAAGUCACCGAGGGAGUCUGCUGCUUCGGAUCAGGUGAUGGCACCCUCACGUAUGAAACUGCGUGUGCGUCGCCAAGACAACAAACUAUUGGAAAAUGCUCAGCUUCAGAGCGAUGAAGAAGAAGAGCAAGAACGACACGAACGCCGUAUCAAGACCACCCGCAGCCGAGCACGCCGAAAAACCACUGCCGCCAACAACAGGAAGAGGAGCAGAAACGCCAAUAACAGUGCUACGGUCGCUUCAACUAACACCUCCACCUCGGACGCUAAAGUCACUCCCUCGCCACUACCCUCAUCCUCGUCCUCUGCCACAUCUCGCCAAGUAGUGUCAGCCGAAGAUGCCUCACCAGACUCGAAAUGCCCUAUCUGCCUCGACCGCUUCAACAACCUAGCAUAUCUGGACCGCUGCCUGCACCGUUUCUGCUUCAUGUGCAUCCAGGAGUGGUCGCAUAACAAGGCUGAGUGCCCACUCUGCAAGCAGCCAUUUGCCUCCAUCCUCCACUCUGUGCGCGGCGAGAAUGACUUCAAAAAGUACACGUUGCGUCGUUCACCCGAGAACGGAAGUGUGGCUGCGACCGUUGCUAUGGUCGCUGCAAUGGCGAGCGACCACCGCAUGAGGCUGACGCUGCGCCGAAGCGGGUCAAACAGGCAGCGGCGGAAUCAGCGCAUGGUCCCAGUGUGGGAGUGGCUCGUGGAUUCGCCUCCAGACAGCCCAGAGUUUGUGCCCAUAUCUCCAGUUGAAACUCAACCGUUUGAUUUAGCCGAGCGGGGGAUUAUUUUUGAAGGGCUCACGGGGCUCGGGUCUGCCGGGAAUUUGCCCCCGUUUGUCGCCAACAACAGAGAGACGCGCAAGCUGCUGUACAGGCUGUCUGCAAGGAGGCAACUGCAGAGGGAAGGUGGGAGACUGCGGGCGUUGCGAGACCGAGAGAUGAUAGGUUUGCGUCGUGGGCUUUACCGGUGUGGGAUUCGUGUACGUGGCGUCGCAGGGGGCAGCCAGGAUCAGCCGCAGCGAGAGAUAUCGGUUGAAAGCUUCUGCCACAACCCAUCAAAUCUAAACCGGCUGCGUCCCUGGAUCCGGCGGGAGCUUGCGGUGCUCUACGGCUCGCAUGAUUCGCUCAUAACAAUCGUCCAGCGAAUUAUAAUGGCGCGGAUAGCUCGGCACGGGCUGGAGGACUUGCCUGUAGUUGAAGAUGAGCUGCGGCCGUUUCUGUUGGCUCGCACAGAUCACUUUUUGCACGAGCUGGUCAGUUAUGCUCGCUCCCCCCUCACAAUGGAAAACUACGACCUGCAAGCAGUGUACGAGCCACCGGAUGUGGCUUUUAAUGUGGAUGCGCUGGACAGUUCGACAGACAGCAGCGCAGUCAUAGCCAUCUCCGAGGAAGAAGAGGAUCGCGUGAGGGCGGAGUGUAUUGAGCCGGGGCAAGAGAUCCAGACCAGCCUCAGCAUGACUGGUUGGGAUGAUGAGACGCCAGGCCCCUCCUACUCUACUGCAGACUCCUCUUGUUACCUGUCCUCCUUUAGCCCCGCCCCUCAUGACUCCACUAAUCAUGAGCGACGAGAGAAGGUCCUCCUUCGCACCCCUGCGUCACCACGGGGACAGCAAGAGGCGGAGGAGGAGUGUCUGAUUGUGGGCUACAAGAAGCCCAUUGCAGAGCGCACACCGGAGCUCGUACAGCUAUCUUCGGACUCUGAGGAGGAGAAGAAGGAGGGAGGAGCAGAGGAGAGGGAGGAGAAAAGCACUGAAGAUAAAUGUAAAGAAGAAGAGAAGGAAAAAGAAAAGGCAACAGAGAAUCCAUCAGAGACGUUGUGUUUAGGGCUCACACCGUCACCGCAGUGCAGAGAAGAGAUCGUUGAAGAUGCACAGCCCUCAAGGUCUCACUCCGACUUCUCCAACCCGGGACAGAGCCUGACCGAAGCUCUGUUGCGUGUUCUGAGCAAAGACCACGAUAAACCCAAGAGAAAGAAACACGAACGCAGACGGCACAAACGCAUCCGCAGCGGCAGCAACCAAAACUCCUCCGCACUCUCCACCCCAACCGGCCACUGCUCCCGUUCGCCCUCGCACGCUUCCAGCUUCGAUUCGGACUUCCGCGGUUACUCUCUAAUCUCUCCACUUUAUUCCUCCUGUCCUUCAACACCCAAGUCCACUUCUUCGUCCUGUUUUGGCUCGUCUGUCUCUGUAACUCCGCCAACUCCACGAGAGAAACUCCAGGAAGUUGAAGAGGAGGAGUCUGCACCGGUUGCGGAAAAGCCAGGAGGCAAACGGAAAUAUAAGAGCCGCCACCUUGACAGUCACGCUGGAGAUCCUGCGUGGAAGCAGAGCAGUGGGAAAGCGAGGAGCAGCAGGAGCAAAGCCAAAGAGAUGGAGCGUAUCAGGAAAGAGGAGCGGGAGAAGCGGAGGAGGCGAAAGCGAAGGGAGAGGCGAAGGAGAGAGAGGGAGGAGAGUCGCGGCCGUGAGGAUCGCAGUCCCAGUGUGGAGAUCGUGUACGAGGGAACCAUCUCCUGUUCGGCCCAGAAACGCAAACGCAGACGACAACGCAACACUCAGCUCUAUAGUUCCCCAGUGGUGAUCACAUUGGACAGUGACAGUGACCGAGGCCCUCUCCUGGACCAAAGCAGCACCGCAUGCAGCUCCCCCUUCGGCUCCCAACAAACCGUGGACUUCUGCCAUUUCCCCCCCCUCCCAUUAGUCCAUUCUCCUGCCGUGGGCGGGACCUUGGCUGGAAGAGACAUUGGCGAACUUCCCGCGGAUAUUUUGGACCGCGGUUUGGAAAAGUCGGACAUCGAACCCCUUAGAAAUAAAGCAUCUGAGCGGAUUUCUCUGGAGAACAGCAGCGACACGAUGGACAGCAGUGACAUCAACAUGGAUUUAAACGUUGUGAAGGUAGCCUGCCUCGUCAUCUAA